AUGAAAACUUCCAAUCGUAAUACCAUGCUCAUGGCUGCCUUGCUACUCUUGACGACACAAGAUGUUGCAGCCUUUACUCCAUACUCAAGAUCAGCAUCAUCAUGCACUACGACUACUACUACUACUACACUCUUUGCGAGAGAUCCUCAAUCCAUGCGGGUUGCAGAAAUCAAGGCCGAACUCAAAACACUUCGAGUUGGAUUCGGUGACUGCUUUGACAAGGAAAGUUUGGUGACCAGACUAGAGUUUGCCCGGUCCAAUCCUCCACCGCCACCUCCGCCACCACGCCCGGAACCCACCAGGGCUGCCGCUUCUCGUCCUCCUCCUCGUCCUUCGUCUCGCGUCGAAUUUGGUGCCGAAUCCGACAUGAAUUCUGACGUCGACAUGGACGUCUUUGCCCAAGCGGGAUGGACGGGGGAAGAACGAAGAAAGGGAACGAGUGCAGUCGAUCACGAUCGAUCUCCUGGAUUGAAUCGUAACUUUGAUGAAUUGUCCACGGACGACUUCAAGCAAUCCUAUCGUGGAUGA